UAUUUCAAUAUCUAAUUGUACAAUUGCUAAAAAUUGUGUAAAUAUUAUGUAAGUAAAAAGGAAUCUUUCUUUGAAUAUUACAUGUAUGACAGUCGCGCAUAAUCAAAUCUAUCAUAAAGCCCGGAGGGCUUAUUAGAAUUGAUCAUUCCCGACUAAAAUUUAUCACCUCAUAAUACAAAAAAAAAAAUGAUUUUUUAUUCCUUAAUUUAAGUAAGCAAAAUCGGGUUAUGUUUCCAUCUGUACCAUGAUGUCGUAGACUGUUUACUGGGGACAAAAAGUAUGUAUCUUAGAUCUUAGAUUAGCUCGGACAUUUUUACCUCAACGUCCACUCCCCCCCCUCCCCCCUCCCAUUUAAUGUAAAGUAAAUAGUAUUAGCAAUGUGCAUGUUGUCCGUUUUGAUUCACUUGUGUCAAUGACAUUUAUUUGUUAAAUACAUAUACAGUUAAUGUGUUCUGUUUAUGUAACAUUAUACAAUAAAUAUUUAUUGUGCGAUCUUGCCUGAAAACCAUGCAUGGCCGUUUUUGUUUACUUGAAUGGAUGUGUACGAACUUAUAUGUGGCACCAUCUUAUUUAGGCCCUACGAUAGUAUUUACAAUGCUACAACGAUAAUCCUAACAACAUUACAUAUACUAUGUGCCAUAUAUAUGUAUACAUGCAUGUUGCCAAUGAAUCUGCAGUAUGUAUUAAGUGGUGAUAUAUUUUUUAAUUGAAUACAUUAAAUUUGUUAAUUCAUAAACGCGUAUUCUUUGUUCAUAAACUGUGCUGUGUUGCACAUGUAUACUAGUAACUUGUGAAUAAUAUUUUAAUCGCAUAGACUUUAUAAAAGUAUAUAUGCUCAUUUAUUAAUUAACUGAACGUUACGAACCAGGCAGGUAUAUGUAGCAUUUUUCUCGAAACAAUUUUCUUAAAUUUACACAAAGGAAAUUGAACUUUGGAGGAGCUACCCUCUCCUUUUCGUUUAUUUAUGGAGGAUCCCCCCUCCCCGAAUUAGGCUUUUGAAGGUGUUCUUUUUUUGGUUGUCAAGAUUUCAUAUAUUCGAAUAAAUCUGCCUCCUAUUUUCAAAAACGAUAUAAUGCUACUUGCGUGCAAACGUUUAAACGAAAUUGAAAAAUGUUUGCUAAAUUUCCUUUUGUGUCUAGAGAUGUAAAUAAUAAAUUCUGAAAGUGUCUUUCUUCCCUUUCUUUCAAAAUAGCCAAGUUGGAGUUCUCUUUCUUCUUCCCUUUUCACAAAGCAAUUAAUAAUUUACCUUGUAAAUUAUGUAAAUUACGCUCGCUUCGUUUGUGAUGACUUUGUCAAAUAAAAAUGGCGUCCACCGAGGGAGGGGACCAGCCCCCGGAGAGUAAACAAGACUCCGUCCGCAUAGGGUCCACAUGUUUUUCCAUCAACCUCAACUAUGUGAAGAGUCUUCUCGGGAUUUUUGAAGCAGCCAUAAUUAUUUUGUCGCUCAUUUGUAUGAUCUGCGCUGGGGUAGGGGCUAAUCUGGCGUGUGAUUACACAUACGGGUCGAGCUAUGGGUUCUAUGAAUCGGUUGCAGGCACUGUGUUUUUGACAGAUGUCAUAAACUACUUGAUAUUCGCUCUGAGUAUCGAUGAAAAAUGGUGCAUGAAAUUCAUUCCAUGGCUUGUAUGGCACUUCUUUAUAGGGGCUAUUUUCACCUUUCUGUACCUGAUAGCAUCGAUUGUCAUGGUAACUCACACGUGUGGACGGGGUGGAUACACGGCCGCCGCUGUGUUCGGGUUCAUCACAACCAUCGUGUCCGGUGUGGAGACGUACUUCCUGUUGCUGUCUCUCCGUCAGGACCACGCCCCCACCGAUAACAGGGUCCUCAAUAUGUAGGGGGUCCCUAAAGCGACCCCUCAGAGCCCUGAAUACGACGCGGGGAGUAUCCCGGGGUCAAAAUACUAACACGAGCGUGAAAAGUUUUUAGAAUCAUAAAUAAAAAACUAAAUACUACAUGUGUACACGUACAUGACGUAACUAUGUGGAAGAUUUGUGACCUCUUUAACUAAAUGUAGCUCAUUAAUCAUGAUAUACCUAUGUCAGGUAUUUAUUCAUCUGCUAUGUCUGAGUGAGUAAGACGCACGAGAGAAAUAUCUUUCAUUUACAUGUGUUUUGUUGUUUUGUUUAACCGUUGAUUAUCUGAAAGUAUGUGUCGCAUGUUUUAAAUUACGAAACGCAUAAAAUUAUGCAUUUCAUACAUGUAUAUUUACUUUUUUGUAAAUAAAAGAUUUUGCUUAAAUCUAUUUUGAACUUUGAUUCUAUCUCAAUCCGAAAAUUGUGGGA